AUGGCAGUAGAUAAUAAGACCCCCAAUGAUAUAUCAUUUAUGGGUCUCCCUAAAUUUGCAACUGCCUCAAUUGCUAUUAUUGUUUAUAUGAGUUGUUCUAUUGGAUGUGUAUAUUUAAAUAAGUGGAUAUUAACUUAUGUUGGACAAUGUAAUGGUUUUAUACCUCUAGUACAGCAAGCUAUUGGAGCUAUAGUUAUGAGAAUUUGUAUUUCUACUAUGAAUUUUUUUGGAUAUAGUGAUUCUAAUAAAAAUAAUGAAAAAAAUAAAGAAAAUAAGGAAAAUAUUCAAGAACCAUCUAAUUAUUUUGUAAGGAUGUACAAUAGAUAUUAUUAUAUUUUUCCAGCUGCAUUCUGUUUCUCAGCUACUAUUAUUCUUAAUAAUGCAUGUCUAUCACUUGCAAAAUUAUCUACAUAUUCAGUAGCUAAAUCUACAACGUUAAUAUGGAGUGUUUUAUUUCAAUAUAUAAUGUUAAGAAUUAAACUUCCUUUAAGUACUGUUUUAUCAUGUUUUAUGAUUAUAACUGGAGUUACAGUUGGUUCAUUAGAUCCUACUACUUUAGCACCCCUUGCAGUUUUUGCAGGUUGUUCAUCAUCUAUUUUCCAAGCAUUAUAUAAUACAUGUAUUGCGCGCGCAUUACCAUAUACCGGAAAUGAUACUUCUGAAGUUUUAGUUAGAAAUCAGGAACUUGCAUCAAUUAUAUUAAUUAUAUAUUUAUUAAUAUCAGGUGAGAUUGUAUUUUUAUUUCAGAAUUCCCCUUGUUUUGAUAUAUAUUCUGCAUUAUUUUUAAAAUCAUGGUUAAUGUUUAUAUUAACAACGAUACUUGCUGCCGGUUUAAAUAAAUUUACAUUUAUGGUUAUUGGUUUAACUGAACCAUCUACUUUUUCAGUUAUUGGUUUUACAAAAGCUGCUCUUCAGACUACCGGUGGUUGGUUAAUAUAUAGUGAUCCUUAUACAACAAAGUCACUACUUUCUGUAACAUUAACAUUAUCUGGUUCUCUAAUUUAUGGAUUAACAAGAUCCAGUUCUAAGAAGAAUGAGAAGGAAGAUAUUGAACAGAUUCGUCGUUUAACUAAAUGUUCAGUUGCAUCAAUUGGAGAUAUUGAAUCAACUCCAUAUUUAGAAGAGAGUAUGGAUAAAGAUAGUGAUAAAUGUGAGAAACAGAAGUUAAUUGUAAAUAAGAUUUGA